AUGAAGGUUUUAAAUAACCAAAAAUCAAGAAUAUAUAACAGGGAAGACAUUUAAUACUUUGUUUUUCCAGAUAAAUUUGAUCAUACCUAAAGUGGAGUUCCUGGAAAUCCUUGUUAUAACAUAAGAUUUAGAAUUUUUGUGUUCUUUUCUUACAUUGUUCUAACAUAACUAUUUCAGCUUUUUUGCACUCCAACAGAUAGGAUUGUUGGAAUUUAGGAUAUUGGACACUUAAUUACAACCCCAAUUAAUAAUUUAUAUAAAGAAUAUCGAUGGUAUUCUAUUUAUGAUAUUUAGGUUUUCUAUUUUAAUAUAGUUACUCUCAGCCAUUAUUUUGGAUGCAACUUACCUUUAUAUUUCACUUUAUUGGGUUAUAUACCAAAGAAAUUUUAGAUUAUUUGCUUCUCUAAUUAUUUUUUAUGUUGUUAGAGCUAUUCAUCUUAAUCUUGUUAAAUUGGAAUUUCCAUAAAGUUACUUUUGGGAGGAUCCUAAUAUCCCAAGUUUGGUUGUAAAAUAUGGAUAUUUUUCUGAUUUCUUUUAUUCUGUAAUAUUAAAUCAAAUAUUAUUAUAGGGACAUGUUGGAUACUUGGUUAUUUGUGGACUUGAAAUGAGAAUGAUAGAUAAAAAGUAUAUGUCAGCAUUUUUCUUUGUGUGUUCUUUAUAUUAAGCUUUUGUUGUAAUUACAUUUCAAAUUCAUUACACAAUUGAUGUAAUAUAUUCAUUUAUAAAUUAGGUAACAACUGGAUGCAUAUUUGCACAUUAUUUUUAUAAUUAAGCAUGCUAUUGGGAAGUAAAGAUAGAUUUUAUCUUAAAAAUAUUAGCCAAUAUUUUAGUCCGCAAACAAAAAUAAACUAUUGGUAAAUAUGAAGUUUAAGGCAAUAAAUAAAUUGGAGUGAUAAUUGUGUGA